GGAGAGUGUAACUAGUACGUAGAUGAGGUGUAACUAACAAAAAGCAUUGGAAUCGCAAUGGAAAACCCUAAAAAUCUGUAAUUGGGAUUUAUGAUUGCGAGGACGUAGCAGCAACAAUCAGAAAUCCAAAUUCCAAUUUCAAAACCAUCAACAAAGUAGAAACAGAAUCACUGUCCCUGCUUUCUCGUUUUGGAUAUUCAGAUUUUAAUGAUACCAUACCAUGAAGAGGACAAUGCCAUGGAGUGAUGAUGAGAGUGAUGACUCAUCUGCAGAUGAAUCAUCAUCUUUACAUUCAGACUCUGAACAUGAUAGUGAAAAUGGAGGGAAAAAAUCCAAAGGUAAAUCUAUAAAGCAGAAAACUGCUCCAAUUGACUUUGAUGCCCUGAAGCGAUACGGGUAUAAAGGUGGGCCGUCGGUCUUAAAGGUACCUCCACCCAAAGAAGAUGACACAAAGAAAGAUUGGUCCUGGUCCAGUGGAAAGGAAAAGCGUGUCAACAAGGAAAUUGAAGAAACAUAUGAAGAGCGAAAGAAAACAAGAGAGGCUCUUUCCCUAGGAGAGCAGCUGCCAACUGUUCUUACAAGGAAUGAAAAGAAGAAUCUUUCCUUUUCUCAGAAGGAAAAGAAGAAAAGGGAUCUUGGUCAAGCAAGCAGGGGGAAAAACUAUGUUGAAGAAGAGAAGAGACUGUUGAGGGACAAUGGAGUCUAUUCUGGUUUUGAUACUUGAUAUGCGAGGCUAGAAUCUACUACAUCUUGUAUAAAGGUACUAUCUUGUGUCAUUUUGUUGUACUGAAAGGAUUUGGUUUAGUUGGAGAUGUUUACUAUAAUAUCACCUGUUAAGUCGAAACCAUUCUACAUGAUAAAUGACUGAGAUUUGAUAAAAUUAUGCCCCCUUUUUUGAAUCAGAUGAAAAAUGACUAGCACAACCAGAAGAAAAAUUACUAGAACGUUGUGCAAGGAAUUAUUUUUCAUAUUUAAAAUUUUUACCCCCUUGAGGUGCUUUAACAAUUAACAAGUUAUGAGCUAUGGAGUGUUGGAAUUAUUUUAUUUUAUUAAAACGAGUGUUGGAAUUCUAAUAUUGUAGAAUAACAAUUACAUAUGAAA